AUGUCUUUGUGUCGCACAUUUUUCUGUGUGAAGUGUUCACAAUUCUUCGAUGAAUCAAAUCAACAAUCUCGUGUUGGAGUAUGCAAACAUUCGGUUUGUGAGCAAUGCUUUGACCGAAAAAUGUCUCCGAAUUGUCCGGCUUGCAACAAAAUAGACGCUUUUAAGCAUACAAACAUUAAAUUUCAAGCGAUCGCAAUUUCGGAUAAUCUGUCAGAUGAGCCGGUACUUUCGAAUUUGCACCGUUACAAACAUGUUAACUCAAAUAGUUCUGCAGAGCAAGUUAACAAUACCCGGAAUCGUGCCACAUUCUGUAACGAUGGAACUCACAAGACACACAAAAUCUCCGUGAUCGAGAAUGUUAUCUCAUUUCUGAAAAGAAUUGAAAGUUUAAACACGCUUUCAGUGAUCUCGCCUAACAUGACUUUAUUCAAAAGUACAAUUCAGUUUUAAUUGAAUGUAUGUAUGAUGAACUGGAGGUGCCAGCGAGCAGGGCUGAGCGGCUGGCUGAUUUUUUCGGCUGUCGGCUGGCCCCGCCAGCCGACAACGUAUAGUUUUUCGGCUGUUUUCCGGCUGGCAGCGAGUUCCUUCUCAUGGACACUGCGUUUGAGUUUUGCGAUUUCCAGAAGAUGAUAACUGUUAUAUGCAACUGCUCAAGACUACGUGGAUUGAGCAUAUGUUAGAUUUUGAAUUAUUAUCUAAGACAUGUACUGUUUCCCUUAUUGCAGUUUUCCCUUCGUUUGAAACACAAUUCGAACAUUUUUUCUUUUCAUUCCUAUAAAAUAUAAUGUUGUUCAAUUUGGUUUUGAUUUGUUAUUACUUUUUAAUUGAAAUAGC